AGUAAUUAUUUUUUAAAGUGAAGAAACUUUUAGAGUUUUUUGACUUCCCUUUCUCUUAGAUAGUAAGGGAGGGACCAUUGUUGUCAAUCUUAUAUUUGGUAUGCUCUUGGACAGUGAUUCUAAACAACUUUCAGAAUUACAUGUAAAGUGAUUCCACCUAGCUUCUGUUUUAAAUAAUUUGGAUCUUUUAACUGCUUUGGCUAAAUUAUGGGAAAGAUGGUGGUGACCUAACAAUUUAGUAGGAUGUUUGUAUUUGUCAGCAUUUGGGGCUUACUUUGUUUUACCUUACUUCAAGGUACUUGCAGAUCUUUUAAACUGGCUAAUUUAAGUAACUAUAGAAUUGAUAUGAUUUCCUCCUAGGAGUACUUUCUCUGUUUUUAAUGUGUAUAAAAAACAUUUAAUAUUUUUAAUGUUUAAAAAGUAUCUCAUUCUCAUGAAAACUGGAUAUUUAUAUCUCUUUCUAAUUAUAUGUAAAGAUAAGUUUUAUAUUUUCAUAUUUAAUGUAAAACUUUAUUUUCUUUGUGAGACAUGAUUGUUUUUUGUUUUUUGGUUUUUACUUCUAGUUUGACAUAAAACAUGGCAUUCAUGUAUUUUUUAUGUUUUAUAUUACAGAAUUCUGAGAGUAGAAUCAUGGUCCAAAUGGGAAUUUUGCAUUUUGGAUGACUCAUAAUUCCAAAAUGAAGUUGGAGACAGUUGUAGGAGAAUUAAAUGUUGACCAAGAAACAGGGAAUAGGUAUUGAAAGAAUAUGUAUUUAGAUAAAGAAAACUAUAUGUUAGGCAGUAUUGUGUGAGAAUAUAACGUGUACAAGUGUCUUAUAUCUUUAAUAUAAGUAUCCUUCAACUUCAGAACAAGAGAGAGGAGCACAAAGGGAUUAUGGGACAAACUUGAAGAUAUAUAACUGGAAAAGUUGAGAUGCAAGACAGAGAGGACAUUUAACAGUGUGCAUGAUCACCUAAGUAUACAGAGAUUAUAAUCAGAGUCCAGAAAGAGGAUAGCCUCAGACAGAAAGCUGAAUACCCAUAUGAGGUUAGAGGCUGUAAUUAUAAUGGUGAGUAGAAAGUGAAGAGGGAGAUGGUAGGCUUGACCAAGAUUAGAAAUAAACCUGUUGUGUAUGGGAAGGAUAAUGAGGAUACUGGGAAGAGUGAAUCUGGUGAUUUCUAGGCUGGAUGGAGUAGCACAAAGGGUUCUAGCUUAGGAAAUUAUAUUAGUUUGAACAUUGGCUCUUCUGUAGAUUUUUUUUGCUAUUUCUCUUUUAUCUCAGGUAAUUGGUUUUUUAAUCAGUAUAUAGCAGAGCAAAAUAGAAAAUUGAAGUUUCCAUAUUCAAAGUAACUGUGGAGACAAGUUAAUGGGUAGAUGUAUAAAGUUUCUGAGAUAGUCUUUGAUAUGUGUGUAAGACUUCUUUUUAAAAUUCGUAGUUAUUGUGCUGCUACGUCUUAGAUGUUUUUCAGUUCCACUAAAGCUUUUAUUAUCAAUUCAGCCCCUGCCCUUAAGUCAGUCUGUCCAUCUGUCCAUUCUUCCUGUAGCAAUUUUUAUUUAGUGAAUGAUGUGUGUUAAGCACGGGAGGGUGGGGUUGGGGGUGAGGGGAGAUUUAAAGGUGAGUGAGGCGUAGGCCUUGCCCUAAAGAGGCACCCUGUCUAGUAGGAAGCUAUCUAAACAUAGAGUUGUUGGGUUAGCUUUGAAGUCCUACUUGAAGUUGAAGACUAUGAAUUUGUAAUCUCCAGGAAAAACAUCUGUAUUUUUAGCUGUUUUGAAUAAUCGAAAGAUUAUGUAAUACGGAACCUAAAUUAAAUUCCCUUUUGGUUUAAUUAUCCAGAGUUGAGGAGCAGCAGCUCAGCCUGCUCUGGGAGAGCCUAAGGAAAAUUCUCUAUUUGGACCCUGGGUAGUUCUGAUGUCAUAUGAAAUUAUUUUAUUAUAUUUCCUUCUUGUGUUAAGCAGGAAGAAUUAAGACAUUCCAUGUUCUUAAACAGAAUUCACUAAAGUCUCUGUACCCUACCUCAAAAACAAAACUAGAUCACAUAGUACAGGACAGAAUAUGUGAAGUCUACACAUUUUCUUGUUAAAAGUCCCUUUUUGCUUAGAGAUUGUUUGAUGAUUAUUUUAUAUUCUGUUACAAAAAGAAAAAUUUUCUUUGUUUUAUGUGUAGUAAAUUGUCUUAUUUUUUCUGCCCCAAGUAAAGGUAGUCACUUUGGAACAGUUGCCCAAAGACAUUGCCCCGUCAGAAUAGGUGUGCUUGGUGUCUCACAUGACCCACUUCAUUCACUUACUUUAUCUGUCUGGUUCUUGUAAGCGUCUGAGUUUUCACCCAUUCCUUAAAGUGUGGUGGGAAUAGAUACUGGAAAGAAUCAACCAUACCUUGGAUCUGUGGUGCUUCUGCAGAAAUCCUUAUCCAAGUGAGCCAGUAGGAUUGGCUGUUUUCUAGAACCCUUUCAGCAUGAUAGAAUUAUCAGCUAGCCCUGGCAGAGGAGUUGCUACUCAGGGAAAUUAGUGUCUGUCUGGCUUCUCUGGAAGGAAUGAGCUUUGGCCUGCAUUCUUGGUGUAGGUAUAAAAACAAAGUUAGCAGUGUUUAUUUUAGAUUCAGUAUUUCUAUUGGUUUUGUCGUUAAAACAAACAUAGAAAUCUGAAUAGUAAAAUCCUCUAUCUUGUCUUUUUCUAGCCAUCAUUUCCUUACUUAAUACUCCCCCAAGUAGUCAUUAAGUUUGAAAUUUGAUAUAUAAACUUUCUGACAUUUUUCUAUGUGUAUAUGUAUAUAUAUUAUAUACUUUAUGCACUUAAAACAUACAUACACACAUCCUGGGUGCUAAUCACUCUUCACCUCUUAUUAUGGACAUCUUUCCAUAUCAUUUCUUAUAGAUCAACCUCAUUUUUCUCAUGGCUGCAUAAUUUCAUAUUGUGGAUUUGUAAUAUCUUUAAGCCACUGGGGGACAUUUAAACUGUUGGCUUGUACAUACAUCCUUUUGUUCUUGUUGGGGUUGUACUGGUAGGAUAAAUUUCUAGAAGUGAUAUAUUGCUGGAUCAAAGAAUCUACACAUGUUAAAUUAAUACACAGAGCCAUACUGUCAUCCAAGAAAGAUUAUGCCAAUUUAUGCUCCCAUGAAUAGUAUGUGAAAUUUCUUCUUUUCUAAUACUAGAGGUUAUCCAUCUUUUAAAUCUGUGCUAGCCUGAGAGUUAAAAAACAAUAGGAGCUCAUUAUUUGAUUUUACAUUUUCUUAGUAUGACAGGUUUUACCAUUUAACUUCUUUUCUGGAUGGAAAGCAAUUUUAUUUUGAUAAGCAAACACUGUCCUUGAAAUGUAAUUAGAGCCAGUACAUUUUAAAAAUAUACUUGAUGAAACUAUAUAAUCAAGUGUUCUGUAUUUUUUGAAUAGCUGGCAUAAAUAGCAACUUUUAUAAAACACAAAAGUUGUUCACAUUUUUGAGUUUUUUGCUAUACAAAGGGAUUUAGCAUAGUAUAUCUUUAACAAACAGAUCAACCUAAUUGACUUUAAGUAUUUUAUUCAGAGUUCUCAAUUUUCUGGUUUAAAUUUUUGCUCACUUUUCAAAGCAAUAGAGAAUACUUAUCUGUAAUAUAUACAUAGUCCCUGUAUAAGUAAUAUAUUGAUAAUCCCUACCUUAUGCUGCCUUGGAUUUCAAAAAUAAUUCUUAGUUAUUGAUGGCUAUAUUUGACAUGUAUUUCACUUUUACAAUGUCUGUUCAACCAUUCAUUUAAGUAUGGUUUCAUUUUCCCUGCCAUUCUCUUUAGUGUCAUAUUUUUCAAGAGGGCCAUGUAGUGGCAAAUGAGGGAUUUAAUAAAGCCUAUCAAGUGUACAGUAUAAAUUUUCAUAGUAUACGUAUAACAAGUGAGGUUUUUCUUUAUUAUUGAGUAUAGCAAAUAUUUCAGUUGGUAUAUUGAAUAUAUAAGAAUAAAUAUAUAGAGGCUGUCUUACAUAUAUAUAAAUAUAUUUUAAAUUAUUAAAUGUAAGCUAAUGUAGGUAAUAUUAUUGGGAAAAUAAAUUUCUGUAUACAUAAUGUACACAUUUUGUAUCAUUUGAGCAUUUAACAAGAAUUACUUAGGUUUUAGAAGAGCAAAAAAGAAAUAAUCAGAAUCAAAAUUAAUCAGACUUUCCAAGAUAUGCAAAUUUUUGUUAAACUUGAACAUGUAAAAAUCAGUGUUUAGCAAUAAAGGGCUUCAGUGUGCUUGUGCCUGUGGAAUUCUGGCAAGUGCACAGACUUUGAAACUAGACCUGGGUUAAAAUCUUGACUCUUCCACUAAUUAAGCAUGUGCCUUCGAGUAAGUAAUUUUACCUCUCUGAACCUUAUCUCUAAAAGAAGUAGUUGUAUCUACCAGGCAAGCUAUUGUGCUGGCUAGCAAUGCUAUUUCUGAAGAAGCUGACACUAAUAAAUGAAUAGUAGCUGCUAUUGUUUUUAUUAACAUCUUAUGAAAAAGUAAAAAACAAAAACAAAAUUCAUGGAUUGAAUUCCUAACAUUUGUCUCCAUGGGUAUGCCAGGGUAAUUGUUUAAAGUUAAUACAGCUUUUAAUAAAAGAUGCUGUGAUAAGAUGGAAAGAGAGUUGGUCUUUGAUGUAAGUCAGAUAUAAGUUGAUUUGUGGUUCUAACACUUAACUAACCGUGGUAACUUGGGCAAGUUAGGUAAUUUCUUUGAACCUCACAUUCAUUAUAUAUGAAAUGUUAAUGAUAAUACCAACCUAGUGGGAAAAUUGUGAUCAAAUGUAAUAUAUAUAUAAUGUCUGAUAAUGCAUUUAAUAUUACAGGUAUUUGAAAGUAUUUACUGUAUAAAUAUAUAUUGUUUGGCCCUGUUUUUUAUUUGUUUAAAUGGGGUAACUUUUUAAGAAAGAGGCAGACAGAGCAGCAGUGAAAAGAACACUGCACCAAGGAGUUUCAAGACUUAGGUGUUAGUCUUAACUCUGCCAUCAACUUCAUACUUACUUUAAGAAAUUACUGUCUUUAAACACAGACUCUGAGUUGUUCUCUAGCCCAAUUUAAUGUAUAAAGUAGAACCUCUGAAUCUAUCCCCAUGCAACCUUUAUCCUUAUUAUCAAAGAUCAAUCUCAGGAUACCCUCAUCUCCAGACACUUGUUCAGUCCUAAACACAUUACAUAUACACGCACACUUAAAAGUUGAUGGGGGAGAGGUAGAAGAUCAACAAGGAGGGGCAUGGUUACCUCUGUGGUACAUGGGUGCUAAUGGUCUGUAUUGGUCUUCAAUUCUUUUUGCCAUUUGUCAGUUGCGCCAUGUUGGAAUUAGUCUUUCUAUUCUGUGGAACACCAGUGAUUUGCGAUUGUAUACUAUUUGUUACAUCCUUGUCUUAGAGCAAAUGCUUGUGGAAAUUAUAGGUAAAUUUUGUUUGUUUUAUGUAGUAAAUCAUUGUAAUGAGGUAGUAAAUUUUAAUUUUUUAAGAAGCAAUAGAUGUAAGUGCAUAAUUAAAUGAAGCAAGUUGCCAUCAUCUAGGUUAUACCUUUGCAUGCAUGACUGUUGACAAGCUUUGAGAUGGAACGAUUGUAUAUGAAAAGAAAAAUACUGGAGAUUUAUAGAAAACUGAGAUUUCAGAAGUUGAUUGCAAAGAUGCUCUGGAAAUGAUCUGUAACUUAGAAUCUGAGGGUGAUGAAAAAAGUGCUCUUGUUUUAUGUACUGCAUUUUUGUCUCGUCAGCUCCAGCAAGGAGAAAUGUACUGUGCUUGGGAACUCACUCUCUUUUGGAGUAAAUUACAGCAGAGAGUAGAACCAUCCGUACAUGUGUACCUGGAAAGAUGUCGUCAACUUUCUUUAUUAACCAAGACGGUAUAUCACAUUUUCUUCCUGAUUAAAGUUAUUAAUUCAGAGACUGAAGGGGCUGGACUUGCUACCUGCAUAGAACUAUGUGUAAAAGCUCUUCGCUUGGAUUCUACAGAAAAUACCGAAGUGAAAAUAUCUAUUUGCAAGACCAUUUCGUGCUUGUUGCCUGAUGAUCUGGAAGUUAAACGUGCUUGUCAGCUGAGCGAAUUUCUUAUUGAGCCUACAGUAGAUGCAUAUUAUGCUGUGGAAAUGUUGUAUAACCAGCCGGACCAGAAAUAUGAUGAAGAGAAUCUUCCAAUACCAAAUUCUCUACGCUGUGAGCUCUUACUUGUAUUAAAAACUCAGUGGCCCUUUGAUCCAGAAUUCUGGGACUGGAAAACCUUAAAGCGACAGUGUCUUGCAUUAAUGGGGGAAGAAGCAUCCAUUGUGUCUUCAAUCGAUGAACUAAAUGACAGUGAAGUUUAUGAGAAAGUAGCAGACUACCAGGAAGAGAUUAAAGAAACAUCUGUGAAUGGACUUUCUGGUGGAGUUGGUGCUAAUUCUGGCCUUCUUUGUGAUGAAAAGCAGAAGAAGAGAGAGAUAAAACAAUUAAGAGAGAGGGGAUUUAUAUCUGCUAGGUUUCGGAAUUGGCAAGCCUACAUGCAGUAUUGUGUGCUAUGUGACAAAGAAUUCCUUGGUCAUAGAAUAGUACGACAUGCUCAAAAACAUUACAAAGAUGGGAUUUAUAGUUGUCCUAUAUGUGCAAAGAACUUUAAUUCUAAAGAAACUUUCGUCCCUCAUGUCACGUUGCAUGUUAAACAAUCUAGUAAAGAGAGACUAGCAGCUAUGAAACCAUUAAGAAGAUUGGGAAGGCCUCCUAAAAUCACAACUACCAAUGAGAAUCAGAAGACUAAUGCUGUGGCCAAGCAGGAACAGCGGCCUAUAAAAAAGAAUAGUCUCUAUUCAACAGACUUUAUAGUAUUUAAUGACAAUGAUGGUUCAGAUGAUGAAAAUGAUGACAAAGAUAAAUCUUAUGAGCCAGAAGUGAUCCCAGUCCAGAAACCAGUACCUGUCAAUGAAUUUAAUUGCCCUGUAACUUUUUGUAAAAAGGGCUUUAAGUACUUUAAAAAUCUAAUUGCUCAUGUAAAGGGGCAUAAGGAUAGUGAAGAUGCCAAGCGCUUUCUUGAAAUGCAAAGCAAAAAAGUUAUUUGCCAGUACUGUAGGCGGCAUUUCGUAAGUGUUACUCAUCUCAAUGAUCACUUACAAAUGCACUGUGGCAGUAAACCAUAUAUCUGUAUACAGAUGAAAUGUAAGGCUGGUUUUAAUAGUUAUGCAGAGCUCUUAACCCACCGAAAGGAACAUCAAGUUUUUAGAGCAAAGUGUAUGUUUCCUAAAUGUGGCAGGAUUUUUUCAGAAGCUUAUUUACUAUAUGAUCAUGAAGCACAGCAUUAUAAUACCUAUACUUGUAAGUUCACAGGUUGUGGUAAAGUGUAUCGUUCUCAGAGUGAGCUAGAAAAGCAUCUGGAUGAUCACAGUACUCCUGAAAAAUCACUUCCUCCAGAAGAACAACUUAAUUCAUCUGGAGCUUCUGUUCAGCCUUCAAAAGUAAAUCAAAACUCAGAAGGGAAUACCGAGAAAGAGAAGUCUAUGCUGCUUUCACAAAAUAACGUUGAAAAUACCUUAUCAGCAGGUAGAAGUGAUGCUUGCGAUAAAAGCAAGGCAGAAUCAGCUGUGGCCAAACAAGACCAGAUUUCUGCUUCUGAGCUCAGGCAAGCUGAUGAACCAUUGUCAAAUGGUUUGGAAAACCCUGCUGCUGCUACUCUGCUACAGGCCAGUGAAGUAGCUGUGUCCAUUAAGGUGUCCCUCAAUCAGGGGAUUGAGGAUAACUUUAGAAAGCAAGAAAAUUCAACUGUGGAAGACACUGGUGAAUCACUGGUUGCAAACUUACAUACAGUAGUUGAAGAUACUUGUAAUGAUUUGUGUCAUCCAGGUUUCCAGGGGAGAAAAGAACAGGAUUGCUUUAAUGAAGCCCAGAUUACUCAGAAUUCUUUAGUAAAUUCAGAAACCCUCAAAAUAGGGGACCUUACCCCACAAAACUUAGAAAGACAAGUGAACAACUUGAUGACCUUUUCUGUGCAAAAUCAGACAGGAUUUCAAAACAGUUUGCCAACAUCCAAGUUUGAAUGUGGAGGUAAUGUUAAAACAUCAUCCAGUCUUUAUAAUUUACCCCUUAAGACAUUAGAAAGUAUCACAUUUGUUCAACCACAGCCUAACCUAAGUAGUUCUUUAGGAACUCCAUCAGUGCCUCCAAAAGCACCAGUUCAGAAGUUCAGUUGCCAGGUUGAGGGAUGCACUCGAACCUAUAAUUCCUCACAGAGUAUUGGGAAGCACAUGAAGACAGCACACCCUGACCAGUAUGCUGCAUUUAAAAUGCAAUGCAAAAGUAAAAAAGGCCAGAAAUCUAACAACUUAAAUGCACCAAAUAAUGGAAAGUUUGUUUAUUUUUUGCCAUCACAGAUGAGCGGCUCUAACAAUGCAUUUUUUACACCACAGACCAAAGCCAGUGGGAAUUCUACUUGUUCAAAUCAGUUGCAGCACGUCUCAUCUACCAUUUUUCCAGCUCAUUUAUCCAGUGUGUCAACUCCACUAUUGCCCUCAGUGGAAAGUGUCAUAAGUCCAAAUAUACCUCCUCAGGAUAAAAGUGAACAAGGUGGUAGUAUGUUAUGUUCCCAGAUGGAAAAUUUGUCUAAUACUACCUUGCCAGCACAAAUGGAAGAUCUAACCAAAACAGUUUUGCCUUUGAAUAUUGACAGUGGCUCAGAUCCUUUCCUUCCUUUACCUGCAGAAAGUAGUUCAAUGUCUCUCUUCCCUUCACCAGCAGAUAGUGCAACAAAUUCUGUUUUUUCCCAACUGGAAAACAAUACAAAUCAUUUUUCCUCACAAAUUGAAGGAAACACUAAUUCCUCCUUUCUAAAAGGAGGUAAUGUUGAAAAUGCAGUUUUUCCCUCACAAGUAAAUGUUGCAAAUGACUUCAGUAGCAACAGUGCGCAACAAUCUGCUCCUGAAAAAGUUAAAAAAGAGCGUGGGCGGGGCCCAAAUGGGAAGGAAAGAAAACCCAAGCACAACAAAAGGGCUAAGUGGCCUGCAAUUAUCAGAGAUGGGAAAUUCAUCUGUAGCAGGUGCUAUAGGGCUUUUACCAAUCCCAGAUCUCUGGGUGGACACUUGUCUAAGCGAUCUUACUGUAAACCACUGGAUGGAGCAGAAAUUGCUCAAGAACUUCUACAGAGUAAUGGACAGCCUUCUCUUCUUGCCAGCAUGAUUCUCUCCACAAAUGCAGUAAAUUUGCAGCAGCCACAACAGUCUACCUUCAGUCCAGAAACAUGUUUUAAAGAUCCAUCAUUCCUGCAACUUCUUGCUGCUGAAAAUCGCGCUUCAACAUUUUUACCAAAUACAUUUCCUAGGACUGGCGUGACUAACUUUAAUACAAACGUUAGUCAAGAAGGAAGUGAAAUUAUUAAACAGGCUUUGGAAACUGCUGGCAUUCCCAGUACAUUUGAGGGUGCUGAAAUGCUUUCUCAUGCUCCAACAGGUUGUGUCUCAGAUGCAGCACAAGUAAAUGCGACAGUGAUAUCAAACCCAGCAGUGCCACCACCCCUGUUGCAGACCGUAUGCCACCCAAACUCCCUGCUGACAAACCAGAAUAGGGCACCAAACUCCAAAACUCCCUCCAUUGAGGAGUGCAGCAGUUUGCCUGUUUUUCCAACAAAUGACUUACUACUGAAGGCUGUUGAAAAUGGUUUGUGCUCUAGUACAUUCCCUAAUUCUAAUGGGCCAUCACAGAAUUUUACCAGCAACAGUUCUCGUGUUUCAGUUAUAAGUGGUCCUCAGAACACAAGGUCCAGUCAUUUAAAUAAAAAGGGAAACAGUGCUUCUAAGAGAAGAAAGAAAGUUACUCCUCCACUAAUUGCCCCUAAUGCUUCCCAAAACCUGGUAACUAGUGAUUUAACGUCAAUGGGACUUAUAGCAAAAAGUAUUGAGAUACCAACUACUAACCUUCAUUCAAAUGUAAUUCCAAAUUGUGAACCUCAGGCUUUGGUGGAAAACCUAACACAGAAAUUAAGUAAUGUUGACAAUCAGUUAUUUAUGACUGAUGUGAAAGAAAACUUUAAAACCAAUCUUGAGUCUCAUACAGUGUUAGCUCCUUUACCUUUAAAAACUGAAAAUGGUGAUUCCCAAAUGAUGGCUUUGAAUUCAUGCACAACUUCAAUAAAUUCUGAUUUGCAGAUUUCUGAAGACAAUGUUAUACAAAACUUUGAAAAGACUCUUGAAAUUAUUAAAAGUGCUAUGAAUUCUCAAAUACUUGAAGUGAAAAGUGGAUCUCAGGGUGUUGGUGAAACAUCACAGAAUGCUCAAAUAAAUUAUAACAUUCAGCUUCCUUCAGUAAACACUGUACAAAAUAAUAAAUUACCUGAUUCUUCUCAGUUUUCCUCCUUCAUAAGUGUCGUGCCAACAAAAAGUAACAUUCCUCCGUCUGAAGUAUUACAUAAGGAGGAUCAAAUUCAGGAAAUUUUAGAAGGCUUACAGAAAUUAAAAUUAGAAAAUGACCUGUCCACUCCAGUGUCCCGGUGUCUGCUAAUAAAUACGUCAGUGACACUGACUCCUGCUCCUGUUAAAUCAGCUCCAAAUGCUACAGUUGUUCAGCCAGUUUCUGAAAUGCUAAAUAAUAUUCAAUUUUCUGACAAAGUUAAUAAACCCUUUGUGUGUCAAAACCAAGGCUGUAAUUACAGUGCUAUGACAAAGGACGCACUAUUUAAGCACUAUGGUAAAAUUCAUCAAUACACUCCAGAGAUGAUUCUUGAAAUUAAGAAGAAUCAGUUGAAGUUUGCUCCAUUUAAAUGUGUAGUACCUACCUGUACAAAAACAUUUACAAGAAAUUCUAACCUCCGGGCACACUGUCAGUUGGUACAUCAUUUUACAACAGAAGAAAUGGUAAAGUUAAAAAUAAAAAGACCUUAUGGGAGAAAAUCUCAGAGUGAAAAUUUGUCAGCCCCACGAAUAACACAAGUAAAAAGACAGUUAGCUGCGACAGAGGAAAAUAAAAGGGAAUUCCAGUCUGCUAUGGAAUUGGGAGCAAUAAAGGAAAAUGCCUUUAAUAAUAUAGCAGUGAUUCCAGAAAAACAACUUACAGAAAAAAAAAGCCCUGAAAAAACAGAAAAUUCUUCACAGUUGAUUACAGUAAUUUCAGAACAAUGUAAUACAAAUUCUCUCACAAACAUACAAACCAAAGGACGGAAAAUUAGGAGACAUAAAAAAGAAAAGGAGGAGAGAAAACGCAAGACGCCAGUUUCCCAAUCCCUUGAGUUUCCAACAAGAUAUAGUCCCUACAGACCUUAUCGAUGUGUUCAUCAGGGCUGCUUUGCUGCCUUUACUAUACAGCAAAACUUAAUUCUGCAUUACCAGGCUGUACACAAAUCAGAUCUACCUGCAUUUUCUGCAGAGGUUGAAGAAGAAAGCGAAGCUGGUAAAGAAAGUGAAGAAAUUGAAACUAAACAAACUGUGAAAGAAUUUCGAUGUCAAGUGAGUGACUGUUCUCGAAUUUUCCAAGCAAUUACUGGCCUAAUACAGCACUAUAUGAAACUUCAUGAAAUGACUCCUGAGGAGAUUGAAAGUAUGACUGCUUCUGUGGAUGUUGGGAAAUUUCCAUGUGACCAGUUAGAGUGUAAAUCUUCAUUUACCACAUAUUUGAACUAUGUUGUUCACCUCGAGGCAGACCAUGGUAUCAGGAUAAGGGGAAGUAAAACUGAAGAAGAUGGUAUAUACAAGUGUGACUGUGAAGGCUGUGACCGUAUAUAUGCAACUCGGUCUAAUCUUCUUCGACACAUUUUUAAUAAGCAUAAUGACAAACAUAAAGCUCAUUUGAUUCGGCCAAGAAGAUUAACAUCUGGUCAGGAAAAUAUAUCAAGCAAAGCAAACCAAGAAAAGACAAAGUCUAAAUAUCGAGGGACAAAACACAGAUCUGGAAAGGAAGGAACCAAAAUGCCUAAGACCAAACGAAGGAAAAAAAAUAAUUUAGAAAACAAGAAUGCGAAAAUUGUACAGAUUGAAGAAAAUAAGCCUUAUUCACUGAAACGUGGAAAACAUGUAUAUUCUAUAAAGGCUAGAAAUGAUGCUUUAUCUGAAUGUACAAGCAGAUUUGUAACCCAGUAUCCAUGUAUGAUAAAGGGGUGUACAUCAGUUGUUACAAGUGAAAGCAAUAUAAUUAGACAUUAUAAAUGCCAUAAGUUAUCUAAGGCAUUUACUUCACAACACCGCAAUCUUCUUAUUGUCUUCAAACAGUGUUGCAACUCACAAUUAAAGGAAACUUCUCAGCAAGAAGUUGAUAAGAAUGAUGUGAAAGAAUCUGAUACCUGUGUAUCAGAGAGUAAUGAUAACUCAAGAACAACUACAGUUCUACAAAAGGAAGUUGAAAAAGAUGAAAUGGAUGAACUAACAGAAUUAUUUAUUACAAAAUUAAUAAAUGAAGACAACACAAGUGUGGAGACCCAAGCUCAUACCUCUUCAAAUGUAAGUAAUGAUUUUCAGGAAAAUAACUCCUGCCAACCAGAAAAACAAAAAGCAGGUAAUUUGAAGAGAGUUAAUAAAGAGAAAAAUGUCUCCCAAAAUAAAAAGAGGAAAGUCGAAAAGGCUGAACCAGCACCAGCAGUUGAGUUAAGUAAUAUGCGUAAAGAAGAAGAAACUGCUGUUGCAAUUCAAACCACUGAGGAGCAUCCUGCAUCUUUUGACUGGAGCUCAUUUAAACCAAUGGGAUUUGAAGUGUCAUUUCUGAAGUUUCUUGAGGAGUCUGCAGUGAAGCAGAAGAAAAAUACUGACAAAGACCAUUCAAAUAGUGGAAAUAAAAAAGGAUCCCAUUCAAAUUCAAGAAAAAAUAUCGACAAGACUGCUGUGAAUAGUGGAAAUCAUAUAUGUUCUUAUAAAGAAAGUGAAACUUUUGUACAGUUUGCCAAUCCAUCACAGCUUCAGUGCAGUGGUAAUGUAAAAAUUGUUUUAGACAAGACUCUGAAAGAUUGCACUGAACUUGUCUUGAAGCAACUUCAGGAAAUGAAACCUACCGUCAGUCUGAAAAAACUUGAAGUACAUUCAAAUGAUCCAGAUGUGUCUGUUAUGAAAGAAAUCAGUAUGGGUAAAGCCACAGGGAGAGGGCAGUACUGAUAACUAAUGUGCUAUAAAGACGUCAUUUGCAGUUUUAUUUUAAAUAGAAAGCCAUCAAGCAUGCUAGAAUUGUGAAACUUUCAUUAUUUUUUGUUGUUGACAUGAAUUAAUCUGGCCAAAAAAAAAAGAAAAGGAAAAAAAAAAAAAACAUGACAUUUGUCAUGUAAAACUUUUUUUUAUCCCUAUGGGACUGGAAGAACAGAAUCAAAACUUAAGUUAUUGUAAAUAUUGAGCUAAACCUCAAAUUUAUAUCAACCAAUUGCCCUUUCAUGAACUAAAAUGAAUUAUCUGUGUGAUUGAUUUGUUUCACCAGGUCACUGCUCAUGUAUAACAGUACUCUCUGUUUGUAGAUAUCUUUUUUGUAUAUAUUUAUUACUGUAAAUCAUUUGCUGCCACCAGCAGUAUGUAAGUCUAAACUAUUAAAUGACACAUUUAUAUUUGGAAUUUUAAUUUUUAACUAAGUAAUCAAGUUUUUAAAACUUCUUUUAUUGUUUUAAAUUAAGAAUUUUUUAACUAAAACUAGAAACCCUGCCAUAAUUCAUUGAUUUUUACGUAAAGCAUUUAUUUACAAGAUCUCAAAAUUAUUUUUCACAAAGUAGGCACAUUAUAUCAACACCUUGCUCUGCUUUGUAAAUUACCACCCAGGAUUUUGGGAUGGUAUUUAUGUGACAUUAAAGCAGAUUGUUUAGCAGUUUCCUAUAGCUACAGCUUUCCCCACCCCCCUAAUGCUCUUAUUGGAUAUAGAUAAUAUGAUUCCAUGAAAUAUGAUGGAAAUGUGAAUAAAGAAUUUACAUCAAAGAUUUUAAACAUUUGGUUUAAAAAAAAAAAUCCUUUGUGAAUGUGCUAGAAACUAGUAGUGUGGAGCAGUGUAAAUAUUUGAGGUGGUGAUUUGUGAAGUAGCCCAGUAUUGCCUUAAAUAAAAUCACAUUUCAUUUUUUGUUUUUUACAUGUGAUCUUAUAAAGGUUUUUUUCCAUUUUCUGAGAUUUAUAGAUUGGUGUAUAGCUUUAAACUGUAAAAACUUUUGUGGAAAAAUUUUUUUAAACAUUUUUAUAAAUCUUAAUAUUGGUAUCAUCAAAGUGAGCCCAUCUUGUGUUUAUAAAAUGCAAGAGUCCUUUGAAACACUUUCUAUAAGGAAGUUGGAUGUUUUGAUUUUCCUGUUUAUAGAUGUUAGAUUGUACAGAUUUGUCUGUAUUUGCCCACCAUUUCUAAUGAUACUUUUUUCAUUAGAUUGGUCUUCCAGAGCAGUAUUAGUUGUUGUUAUUAUUUUGGUUAUUCAGUAUAUAGUUAGCUCUUAUAGUUUAGCUUUGUUUACCAUAUUUAUACUGUGGAUUCACAGCUAGAGAUAGAAGUUAAUUUCAGGAGAGUUUAGUUGAAGUCCCAACUAAAUCAGCACUGGAAACAAAAGAAAACAUCCUUUCAAAUUGACUUUUGUUUCUGUUUGCCAUAAAUAGUGGCAUUGAUUUUUGACUUUGUGUUUGUUAUAAACCAGUUGCAUUCACAAUAUUAUUAGCCUGAGAUAUUGAUGAGUUUGUGAUGAUAUGAAAAUGUGUAUAUUCCCUGUGCAACAUCAGAUUUGCAGGAAAAAUGAAGCACUUAAUAUUAACUGAAAUUGCUGGUACUCUGAAUAAAUGAGCAAGUAUUACAGUUUUUAUUUUUAGGGCCUAAUGGGUUAUAUUGAAUAGUUGGUUUCACCUCCUUAAGGUUUAUUACCAAUAUGCAUAAAACUUGACACAUUAAAAUCCCUACCCCUUGGUAAGUUCACUGUUAUUUAUUAAAAUAAAAGUUCUUAUGGGUGA